CCUACUUCCAUCCAUCUGCCCGGCCUGGAACCUUUGCAACAUCCAGACAUGAGACAGCUAGAACGGUGUUUGGAACGUGCGAUGCAAUCUCUUGCUACAAUAUCCUGUAACUACUUACGGAGUACAGAAGUAGAGAGAGAGAUCAGUGUAUUUCGGUCUAUUACUAAUUAGAGUAAUAUAUAGUUAUACUAUUCCUCCACCUUCCCCUUCACGAGACGUUGCGCGCCGGAGCAUCUUUACCACAAGUCGUCGAGACAUACCAAUGCCUUUCCAUAUGAUAGAACUUAUCUGCACUUUAGCCUGGCGAUAUUGCGCGAUUGCAGUGUUUGUAUUCGUCGCAUAGAUUGUCCUUGGUUCGCCAAUACGGAGAGCGUCAAAUUUUGCUGAAUCCGGCACGAAUCUUGUCCAAUGGCCAACCAGUCAGCCAUAUUAUAUUGCUGGCAACACUAAUGAUAUUUCUGGAUGUGAUCUUUCGUUUAUUCCGAUACCUGCCGAGCACAUCACAAUGACUUCCAAGAAAGUUGCCAUUGUUGGCGGGGGUUGUUCCGGUCUUGCUGCCUUCUGGGCCUUGAAAGACUCAGGGCAUGAAGUCCAUAUUUUCGAAUCCGGGAGCAGAUUUGGAGGUCCUACGCAUUUAGUACAGUACGAGCAGAGAGGAAAGACUAUUGGGAUUGAUACAGGACUUGUUUAUUUCAAGCCUUCCACUUCACGUUAGUUUGCUUCCGUACCUUGAGCCUUCCUUGUCUUAGGAGCUUACUUGGGAGGCCAGCAAAUCUAUAUGCAUUGCUGCAGGAGCUACAGAUACCUUGCCACGACAUAGAAUUCUCAAUCGCUUCGACCCAGCUCGGGGAUUUAUUUGAAUGGAGAACAGCAUCCCCCUUCGCAAUUCUUUCCCGAAACCUGUUCCGGUUGGAUAUGUGGAGGAUGUUGAUUGAUGUUGUGAGAUUCAAUCAUUUUGCCCUGGAUUCAUUAAGGGGUGAACAACCUGUCAAAAGACAAAGGUCGCGAAAAUGGAAAAAUAUCCAGCAACCUUACCAACAUGAGCAAUCCCAGAAGAGCAUCGGCGCAUAUCUGGCCACCGAGGGAUAUUCGAAUUCUUUCCGCGAUAAUUACAUAAUUCCACUUAUUGCAGUUUUAUGGAACGUCCAUAAUGCAAGGGAUGCACUGGAGCUUCCAAUAGCGCUACUUCUACGUUUCAUGGCGAACUGUGAUAUUCUCCGGAGCUCACUAUGGUGGUCAGAGUGGAUGAUUGUAGCAGGAGGCAAAGCUGAUUUCGCGGCAGCAACCACCAAUAUCUCAGCUACUGAGAGAGUCCAUUUCAAUACGACAAUCAAAUCAGUUAAAACAAGUGAUAGACUCGGUUGGUUGGCAGUGCAAGGGGAGCAAGGCCGAACGGAAUAUUUCAAUCAUGUCAUCAUUGCGACGUCUGCCCAUAACGCUUUAAACCUGAUAUCCGCGGAUGCGACUGAUGAAGAGGUCCGGGCGUUGAGCGGAUUCCAAACAGCGAGUUCUAUCGCAAUCCUACAUUCCGACACGGCGUUGAUGCCGAAGCGAAAACGUGUGUGGGCCGCCUUUAACCUCAUUACAAAAUCCUCCCAGCGCAACCCCCCCGACACCAGUCAAUUCUGCACCUCCUUUCACAUAAAUCGGCUGCAAGGACUCUCGGAAGAAAUCUUCGGCCCCGUCCUCAUAACUCACAAUCCCAUAUCUCCUCCCCACCCACUCCGCGUUCAGGGGAUAUGGGAAUACUCGCGUUUUACGUUCAAUAACCGAGCGUUGAGAUCACACAAGUUGCUCCAACGGAUCCAAAAUACGCGCGGGAUUAGUUACUGUGGUCCGUGGACUGGAUACGGGCGGUACGAGGAUGCGGUCCGCAGUGCGUUUCAAGUAGCUGUGGACCACUUGGGAGCUGAAUUGCCGUUCGGGGUCUUGGGUGAUGACCCCUUUCUUCCUUCUUACCCAGACGCUAUGGAAUGGUCGCAGGUCGAGGCUUUGGCCAAACGGGAAAGGCUAGCUAGGUUUCUUGUUAGGUUUCUGUUGGUAAUUUACUGGUUUUUGGGGAUUGUGAGGCGGGUGGUGCUUUAUUUUCAUCGGGCUUGGGAGAGGGGGGACAAGACGAGAAGAGAAUAAAGGCGCGGCAGUGGAAGAUACCCAACGUGAGAGUAUAUCGGGCCCUGGCUGUCACUUGUCUCAACUGCAACAGGGCCGUAUAGAGAGAUUUCAGAAGUAAUUUCCUUGAGAAGGGUUGGUCUUCGUGUAUUAGAUUUAUUAUGUUUUAUUUUGACCAUCUAGAAUCCCUUCUUUUACUUUCCCACCACCCUCGCAUAAUUAUGGAAUAACAUAUAUAAAAGAACUUAUUAUGGGACAAAGAAAGGGGAGAAAAUUCUCAGCCUUGUCCAAGUUAAAAAGAAUUGUAGGCUAAAACAAACUUGUCGGUACAACAUCGAAAAGCAAAUAAGAUAUCACAUCACAUCAUAUUAGUAUAAAAAAAUAAAAUUGAAAAAUCACGAAAUAAA